AUGGACAAUUUGGGUAUUGAUAAAUAUGAGGACUGUACUGAGGAGAAUCGAGGUGGGGAAGCAAGUACCGACUGUCGGGAUGCAUUUCAGCAGCUUCUGAAAACUCUUGGGCUGUGGGAAUUUUAUCCCAACAAGCUGUCCCUGAAUAAAGUAAAGGAGAUGAAUAUUGAGACUGUGGAGGACAAGAAAUCCACCAGCACAACAGAUAUCCCUUGGCAUUUCCUCAGGCUGCUAAUGGAGGCAAAUUCUAAUGCCAGAAAACAGGACACAGCUGAAGAUGAAACAUUGGAAGAGGACUUUAAUUAUUACUCUCAAAGUCUGAAUGCUACUGCAAUGUCUUUCCAUCCACUGGACAUUAUUUGGUGUGCAGACACUAUUCUGCAGCAGGAAGUGAUUCUCUGAAUGUCCUUUUGCCAGUUUGCAUUUCCAAUCGUCAUGCCGAGUCCGGAAGGGAGACCAACUUUUCUUAUGCAUCCCAUGUGCUCCUUCGUGAGGAGUUACCGACCUCAGUCAAUGAGAGACAGGGCGGGAUUCAUUGAGGAAUGUAUGGCCACAUCUAGUCUUCCAACGUUCGCUUUUGUUCGAUUUGGCAACUGCUCAUCAUCAAAAUCUAAACUGUUAAAUCAGGUUUUCAGCAACUCACAACCCAAUCUGGAUUAUUUUGUCCAUUAUGAUAUGUCAUGUGGCGAUAUAAGCAGGAAGGUUUCAGACGGAAUGAUAGAAAUGAUCUGGUAUUUGCCAUCUGGCAGUAAGGAUAUUGACAUCAUUCCGGAGGCUGUGGCAGUCAUGAAUCUCCGAGGGGAUGCCCAAAACCUUCCGGAACACGUCCAGUUCCUGAGUAAAGUUGCCACCACUCUGUUUGUUUUCAUUGAGCAUUUGAACGAACAAGCCGAAACAUUUCUGUUUUCCAAUCCUCAGAUUCAACAGAAACUGUUUUUAAUUAUUGUUCCCAAGGUGCCACAAUCUGAAAGGUUGAUUGAAGCUAAAUUAAUAGCAAAAGAUCAUAUUUUAACAAAACACCAAAAAAACGAAGCACACUUUCUACGAAGUAUUCGAUCCAAAUUAGUAGAGAUUCUGAGAAAGGGGGCAGAAGUGAAAGAGGAGGCACUGAGUUUGCAAGCAAUGCUCCCAGCAGCGAGGGCCAGUAAGUUUCUGAUCGAUGAAGACAACAACGUGAUUUCAGAAGCUUGGGGAAAAUCCGAAGAAAUUCUUCGAGUAAUUGUGAGCGAAGGCAUUAAAAUGAUCCGAGAGAGAGAGUUGUAUUUCCAAGGAGAUACUUGGGAAAAGAUUUCAGGCAUCGAUAAGGAAAUGUGUCAGUUAAAGAGUCUCAGUGAUGCUAAUGUUUCAGAUUAUGUCAGUCGGCUGCAGAGAGAGAGAGAAGAUCUUUGUCGGGCACUUGCACGUCGUGGGAUGUCGAAUCUGAUGAGGCAAAUAAUCCUUGGGCUCCAGACAAUGGGAAACCAAAGGAAACUUUUCCUAAAUUGCCUAAGAAAUGCAUUGGAGUCAAACUCAGUCACAGUGUCUCAUAGUAACAUAAUGUUAAACCUGGAGACUGAGGAGCAAGUGCAGAGUCAAAGUAUUCAGGAACAAUUGACUGAACACAAUAAGAACCUGCUGGACAAAUCCCAGAGCUUGGGAUUGGAACAUUUCCUCCGGGAAAUGGGACUCAUCUAUGAGGUGUUUCAGAUCCAGCCAAGUGUUCCUUCAGAUAUCAAACAGUUUCCAUCACUGGCAGCUGAUAUGAUGUUGGAGGGUUUCCCAAUUGAGCUCAUGGAUGGAGAUGUUUCCAAUAUCCCCAUGGAAUGGGUCACUAGCGUGUUAAUGGAAGUUGACAAGAAAGUUAAGCCUUGCCGCAUUUUUGUCCUCUCAGUGUUGGGAUUACAAAGCACAGGCAAGUCCACUCUGUUGAAUGUAAUGUUUGGCUGUCAGUUUGCAGUGGGCUGUGGGAGAUGCACCUCUGGGGUCUACAUGCAGCUCAUUAGAACAACAGGAACAAUGAAGGAGAAAGCCUGCGACUUCAUCCUGAUCCUGGACACUGAGGGCUUGCGGGCUCAGGAACGGUCCAGCCUGGAUGGCCAAAAUGAGCAUGACAAUGAACUGGCCACUCUGGUGGCUGGCUUAAGCGAUUUGAUCAUCAUAACCAUGUCCACAGAGACUGCCUCAGAAACGAAGGACAUCCUGCAAAUUGUUGUCCAUGCCUUAAUUCGUAUGAAAGUGGUCGGGAAAAGACCCAAUUGUCAAUUUGUCCACCAAAUGGUUGGAGAUGUGUCUGCACAUCAGAAGAAUAUGUGGAGUCACAAAUCAUUGCACCAGGAGCUGGACCAACUGACCAAGAUUGUAGCUAAAACUGAGGGGCAAGAUCACAAAUUCUCAAAGUUCUCUGAUAUUUUGGAUUAUGACUCCAAGAAAAACAAUUGGUACAUCCCAGGGCUGUGGUGUGGGAAUCCCCCCAUGGCGCUAGUUAGUAUGGGAUACAGUCAGAAGGUGACAGAACUCAAACACAAGAUUUUGCAGCAUUUUCUCAACAGGAUACCUUCCACCAUCCCAGAGUUCAUUUGCUGGAUGACAAGUACAUGGAACGCAGUGAAACAUGAGAACUUCAUCUUCAGUUUCAGGAACAGCUUGGUGGCAGAUGCCUACAAUCGACUGUCAGAGAAGUACUCGGAUUUGGAGUGGAAGCUGAGGAGUGAGGUCCAUUCCUGGCUUCAGAAAGCAAUCAAUCGAAUUGCCAACUGUGAAGGGGACCUUCAGGAACUCAGAGGAACUUUGGAUAUUGACGUUCCAAGGAUGAUCAGUGAAGAGAAAUGUCAAAUACUGGAUGAGAUGGAGAAGUAUUUUAAGGAGGACACCAACCAGGCACAUCUGAUUGAGAAUUUUAAAGCCGAGACAGCAGCGGGUUUUGACUCACUGAGUCGGGAGCUUGAAAAACGCACAAAGAUGAGAUGUGAGGCAGCAUUGAACAGGCGGAGAGACCUUAACGAAUUAAACCGCAUUUUAAGUAGUUUCAGUGAGAGAAUCCAAGAGAAGAUUGAUCUGCUCUUGGAUAAUUUGAAACUUAAAUCAACAGAUCAAGGUGACAGUGAACUGACUGAAACCUUUGAAACAAUAUAGAGAGAAGUCAUGGCAUCAGUACAUUUCCAGCCCAUAGUAGUCAACAUCGAGGGAGACAUGGAAAAGAGCUUGAGGGAAAAUACGAGGAAGCAAGGAAGAAUACUCACAAUGAAGCUCACGUCUGGGGAGAGUCUUGUUGAGUUCAGCAACGUGGAAUGGAAGAUCACUGAGCAACAUCUGGGAACAAACAAAACAUACACGCAGCUGAUACGUUCCUUCCAUCAAAAUAAAGAAAACUUGGAAGACGAGAAUGUGGCACAAUGGGUGGAAUCUGCACGUUUACUGGAGGCGAAGAAGAAAACUCUCCAAUUGAUAUCACAAUGUGACGAUUAUGUAGAAGAGAUUGUUAAGAGAGGUGAGAGUUACAACCUGCUUCUUUGGAAUGAACUUCUGCGAGAAGUGGACAGAAAUCCACAGACACUUGAUGCGGAGACACUCAAAGUCAAUGAGCUAUUAAGUACAGAUGUGAAAAUCCAUGUGUGUGGCAAAGCCAUUCAGAGAUUUCAGGAGAUGUAUGAUCGAUUCUGUGGCAAACAUAAUCCCCUGAAGAGACUAGCGAAUGAGAGACAUUAUUACUUUACAAUGUUUAAAAGCAUAUUCUCUGAAAAGGACCAGAGUGAGACGUGUGCGAGAUUAUUCUGUGAUUCCUGUUUGGAGCCCGCUCUGUUGGAAGCUCUCAAACAGCAACUGGGCUCAACAAUUGUGGAUCACCUUAAAAAAGAGCAAAAGAUAGAACUUACGUCACGCAGAAACCUUCAAGUGGGGAUCAUGUUGUAUCUAAAAAAGCUCAAAAGCUUUGACAAGUACUGUCAGUACUUUGAACAGACCGGAAAGUUUGAACAAGUUUGGGUAAAAGAGCAAGUGCUGAACCAUUGUAAAGGGCUGAACAACAACAAAUCCAUGUUUUAUUGCAUAGCUCAGGAGGUGCUGCAGCAGAAAAUCGACAAAAUAAAGACAACCGUUGACUGUAUAAAAAGCUCAGCUGAUAACAUUCAAUCAUUUUUGAAUGAAUUCAAACAAAGACUUGAAGAACACCUUGUGUUACCAAAAGAAAAGCUUGAAAACACAAGAGCAUUCAAAAAGGCUCCAAGUUUUGUGAUUAAACUGAUUCAAUUCAUUCCUGCCUUGGAAACACGCCUCCUCCAAGACAUUGUGAAAUGGGAUGUUGAGCAGACGCUGGUGAACCUUCCCAAUGACCCUUCCAAAGAGCUCUACAAAUUGUUGGCUGGUUGUGGAAAUCGCUGCCCACUUUGCCGGGUGCCCUGUGAUCACACCAAUAAUACACAUGGGAAGCACUCAGCAACAUAUCACUGGCCUCAGGGGAUUGGGGGCUGUCACUGGAGACGGAGCAAAGAGCUGGUCACUGACAGCUGCACAGCAACAGCCACCGCAAUUUAUUUGUACCAGAAAGAUAAAGAACAUUGGGAGCAAAUGUUAGUCCGGAAUAUACUGGAGCGAGUUUUUAAUGUGUAUUUUAUCCAAAUGCAAUGUGAGGAAUACAAUUCCUGGAACAUUCCUUUAAAUCCGGAGGCUGGGGUGCCAUCUUAUUGGAAAUGGGUCCUGUACACCUAUAACAAGGAGUUUGCAGAGAAAUACAAGGUGAAUCCUGCAAGAAACAUUUCCCACUGGAACAUUCCAUGGGAGAAGAUCGUGUCCGAACUGGAAGCUGAGUAUGGUGUGAAGGUUGGGGAGACUGGAAUAAUCCAAACCUCGUAUUAUCAAGGAAAACAAAAUCUGAAGUUGUGA